AUGAUUCCUGGCUCUGACAAUGUCCGUCACAUAAUGGAUGAAACAUCAGCACGGAGUCAUCGAGGUCGUAGGAAGGUGAGCCGAGAUCUACUUCAUACAAUUCAACAGACAGAAGCCCAAGACAACACUCUUUCGUUAUCCGGUUUCUUUAAAAAGGAUUUCCACGGCCUUCCGGGUCCUCUGGUUUUUGGUGUUUUCCCUAAAUAUUUCCGUUACACUUCAGUCAAUUGUGUGGCUGGUCAAGGCAAUGUGUUCAGCUAUCUCCGAUCUAAGCGGCAAGAACUGCCCAUCCACCAAUCAGACCUGAGUAUACAUCUUCCCCUUCGGCCGGAUGGCAGGCCUGGGCUCAGCUCGGCCCUUAGCAGACGGAAUCCCAGCUGCAAACCUCUUCUCUCCACAAUACUCCCGUCCAGAUCCCCAACAACUGACACAGGCCGACCAGCCGGUCUCGGAAACAUGCUGUUCGAGGAGACCUUUCUGGCAGCUCAACACAUCUCCGAGGCGUCGAUGAGCCUGGCAACACUCGGUCAGUUCAGUGGCACCUGCACACACUCAGGA